UUCAAUCAUCUUCACUUUUUACAAAUGAUGCUUCGAGUUGCUCUUCUUACUCUUGCCAUCCUCUGGGUAAACGGGGAAAUCCAGUUAGGCUGCAAAAGUACUCCAUUCGCAAAAGGUGUCAAUCCAUGUCCACCAAAGUUCACAGAAUUGCCCGGUGGGCUUUGCUGCUCCGAUGACGACGUCUAUAUCAUAUCGGGCAAUGGCACCACACUUUCCCCAUCAACAACCACUACUGCUGCUCCAUGCCAAGACAAAUUAAACCCUGCGACAGGAGUCAGCGAUUGCCCAAUGCGACGCAAUUUGUGCACGGAUCCUAACUACAGAAAGGUGAUGCACGAGCAAUGCCCUAAGACUUGCGGAUUCUGCACUACUGGGUCGACUACCAAGGCGCCAGCGUGUUCUGAUAAAGUGGACCCGAGAACUGGGGUUAGUGAUUGCCCGCAAAAGAAGUAUCUAUGCACUGAUCCGACGUACAAGGGAUUGAUGAAAGACCAGUGUCCAAAGACUUGCGGAUAUUGUUAAAUGUUUGAAAUUUCUGCUUAAAUUAUUUGUCGCUGUAGUAUGUCAAAUAUGAAUACCCCACCUAUUGUCUUUCAAACCUACCAUAAAAUAUUUUAUUCCG